AUGGAUUACAUAAGCCAACUCCCAGACGACAUCCUAUGCCUCAUCAUCUGUCUGCUUUCCGUCGACGAAGCUGUAAGAACCAGCGUGCUCUCCAAGAGAUGGAGCGGACUAUGGCGAUUCAAUUCUCACCUUGAGUUUGACGGCAGACGCAUGAUUAUGCCGUUAACUCAGAGACAAAACCCUGAAGAAGCACAUGAUCCUUAUUCUCCUCUUAGUCUUAACUUGAACAAAGGCAUCACGCGGUAUGGUGAUACGAUCUCUUCCAUUUUGGAUCGUCACUCUGGUGAUUUGAAAAGCUGUCGAUUCAUCCAUUUUCCUUAUAGCAUUUUCUGUGAGGAAGUCGUGACCUGGUUGUCAUGUGUAAUGGGAAAGAAUGCGAAAAACGUAAGCCUAGAGUGUGAGUAUUUUGACAUUGGAACAACCCAGAAUUGUCUCCGACAAUUACCACUUGCUGAGAGAGUUUCAAAACCUAAUUUUCCGACGGGGAUUUUCUCAGGAUUGCGUUCACUACAGCUCGUUCACUACGCACUGCGCAGUUUAGAACCAUUCAAGGGAUGCGAGAAGAAUCUGAAAACCCUGAUUCUGAGAAAUGUGAGCAUCGAUGAUGAAACCCUCGAAGGACUUUUGAAGCUCUUGAAGGGGCUGGAGAGUAUUUGUCUGUUUGAGUGUAUUGGGUUUCGCAAAUUUCAGAUGUAUAAUCCCAUUUUGAAGGUUUUGCAACUGCAUUCUAUGAUCCUUGAUAAAGUAGUUGUUUUUGCAGCGAGGCUUGAAGUUUUACACUUUGAUAGUAUCAUUUCUCCGAAGGCGGGGAUGAGAAUUUUUUCUCGAAGCCUCAGGGUUAUCCGUUGUUACGACCAGUCGAUAUAUGGAUCAAUGAUUUCUUCAAAUGAAGGGAGACCCCUUCUCCGAUCUGGCCGUCUUCUUGGUCAUUACCAACUUUUUUGGGGUACUAAGAGCAACAUUUUGCUGACUCUGACAAAACUUUCAAUUGAUUUGGACCUACAUGAUAUACUAGAAAGUACUUUAGUUAUUUGCUUCUUGCAAGUAUGCCGCCGUCUAGAAACUCUUGAAGUCACUUUACCGGCCGUUCCUGAUGAUGAAGGAUUGAUCGAUAGAUGUGCUUUCUGGCAGUCUCAAGAGGCUUGUGAUUGUGUCAAGAACCAGCUUAAGUUCGUCUACUUGAGAGUGUUCAAAGGAAACACUCAAGAGUUUGAAUUAUUGAGGCACAUCGCAGGAAAUGGCAAGAAACUUGAGAAACUUACCAUUGUAUGCGGCGAAGAAAUCGAAACAGAAAGGAUGGCGUCUCUGACCAGUGUUGCUCCUAAUCUUUCAAUCGUCUGGAAACUCCAAAAACAUGAAGAUGGUCAAGAGAUCGAUGAACUUCAAGAAAGGGCAAUGAUAAGUUAUAAAUAG